AUGAGCGGCUACGAUAAUCGCGACGACUACCGUCACUCUUCCUCUUCUUCUCACCAUCGAUCUCGUAACAGUAAGCAUGAUUCCUCGUCCUCGUCGUACAGAAGCCAUGGAUACGCGCCAACUAGACGCCGUUCUCGUUCUCCUUCUUCGUAUCACUCCUCUUCGCGCAGUCAUCGUGAUCACACCACGGAUCCUUACCCGAAUGGUUCUGGCCAUGAUAGGCGGCACGACCGUGAUCGCAACCGAGAACGGGACAGGCGUGAUCACGACUCCCCUAUCGAAGCCGCACCUUCCCCCGAUGGCCGGCGCUUUCAUGUAGAAGGGGCGCCCAGACAAGGCGGCAGAAGGCGGUGGGAUGAGGGUGCACCAACCCCUCCAACCGCUGCAGCGCCUGUUCAUGUAUCUGAUCCGACGCGAUCGAGCUUGAAUACGCAGCUUCCAUCCAGACCAAUCGUCGCUCCACCUGGUAUGGCGCCUGGACCGCCGCCCUCGCUACCAUCUUCUACUCCAAUCGUUCCGUCCACCGGUAUCUCCAUCUCGCCCGAAGAGCAAGCAAAGCUUGCAAAAAAGGCGCGACUGGAAGCGUGGCGCAAGGAGCAAGCUGCUAAAAAGGCGCUCGAGGAAGCCAGGCAGCGAGCUCGGUCCAUCGCCAGUGCUGUAGCGCCUUCCUCACAGCGCACAGAAAGUUUCUCUUCCUCAUCGACGCCACAAACCGCUCCAACCUCUAUCAAUGCUGCUGGCUUGCGAACGCUGUCUUUACGAACGGAUCCAUCUAGGACCACAGCGCAGAACCGGUCGCGCACCAUGAUGGACGACGCUUCGGAGUCGUCAAAGCGGAUACAUCUCAGUCGUCUCGGUGAUUUGCCCCCUCUGGAUCCAUCUAUCGACACGGCUCACAUAGCUACAACUAGCGUUGAUGCCGAGGAUGAUGAUCACCAGCUCGGAGUUGCGCCACCUACCCAAGGCUCCAGCGCUGCUGCCAUGGAUGUGGACGAUGACGACGAAGAGGAAGACCCCCUAGACGCGUUCAUGUUAACUGUCAAGAGCCAAGUGGCACAGGUCAACGACGACGAUCGACGUAAGGCUAGCGCCAGCGGCGGCCACGAACGGACACAAGCCAAAUCGAAAGCGGUUGUGCUAGGACGAGAUGAUAGUGACGGCGAAGCCGAAGACCAAUACGAGGAGCUCGACGAGCUCGACCGCGUUGGUAUGGCGACAGAGGACCUCUUGGCGCUAGCAGCCAAAAAGGUCAAGAAGAAGGAUCUUGUCACCGUUGAUCAUUCCGCCAUCGACUACGAACCAUUCAACAAAGCUUUCUAUCACCCUCCUGCCGAGAUUCAAGACAUGUCGGAAGAGCUGGCCAAUCAGAUCCGCCUUGAGAUGGACGCCAUCACAGUGCGUGGCAGGGACUGCCCCAAGCCUCUCACCAAGUGGUCACAUUGCGGGUUACCUGCAAGCUGUUUGGAUGUGAUUAAGCGUCUCGGUUACUCUGCUCCCACUCCGAUUCAGAGCCAGGCAAUGCCGGCGAUCAUGUCCGGCCGAGACAUUAUCGGCGUGGCAAAGACAGGCUCGGGCAAGACCAUGGCUUUUCUUCUGCCCAUGUUCCGGCACAUCAAAGAUCAACGUCCUGUCGAGCCUUCUGAGGGUCCUGUCGGCAUCAUCAUGACGCCCACUCGCGAGCUUGCCGUCCAGAUCUACCGCGAGAUGCGACCUUUCAUCAAGGCUCUCGGCCUUCGCGCCGCUUGCGUGUACGGAGGAGCACCCAUCUCAGAGCAGAUUGCCGAGAUGAAAAAGACGGCUGACAUUGUGGUGGCAACCCCGGGCCGGCUGAUCGAUCUGUUGACAGCUAACUCAGGCCGCGUCACCAACCUUUAUCGUGUCACUUACCUUGUGCUCGACGAAGCCGACCGUAUGUUCGACAUGGGAUUCGAGCCGCAGGUCAUGAAGAUCCUCAACAACAUUCGCCCAGAUCGUCAGACGGUGCUGUUUUCCGCCACGUUUCCAAAACAAAUGGAAUCGCUGGCGCGCAAGGUACUGAAGAACAAGCCGCUUGAAAUCACUGUCGGUGGUCGCAGCGUAGUAGCUGCUGAGAUUGAGCAGAUCGUCGAGGUGCGCUCCGAAGACACCAAGUUCCAUCGUCUCCUCGAGAUCCUCGGCGAGCUAUACAACCGAGAAAAGGAUGCACGUACACUCAUCUUUGUUGAUCGUCAAGAGGCUGCCGACGACUUGCUCAAGGACUUGAUUCGCAAAGGAUAUGUAACUAUGUCGCUACACGGUGGCAAGGAUCAAGUGGAUCGCGACGAAACCAUCUCUGACUUCAAAGCGGGCAAUGUGCCCAUUGUCACAGCCACUUCGGUCGCUGCGCGUGGCCUCGACGUGAAGCAGCUCAAACUGGUCAUCAAUUACGACGUACCCAACCACAUGGAGGACUAUGUGCACCGCGCUGGACGAACCGGUCGUGCAGGUCAAAAGGGAACAUGCAUCACCUUUAUUACGCCCGAGCAGGACCGAUACGCACGAGACAUUAUCGCAGCACUCAAAGCCAGUGCAGCACAUGUUCCGCCAGAACUCGAGGCUAUGGCAGCAUCCUUCAAAGAGAAGCUUGCGGCCGGCAAGGCCAAGGCGGCUGGGUCCGGUUUUGGUGGCAAGGGUUUGGAUCGGUUUGAACUAGAUCGCGAAAAGACACUCAAAGCGCAAAAGUCGGCCUACGGCGAAGCGGAUGAUGACGCCAAGGCAGCCGCGGCGGGCGAUUCGAGCGAGGACAAAGCCAAAACAGGCGCGCCACCUGGAGCAUCGAGUAGUGAGGACCAGCUGAGCAAGAUCCAGGGCAUGAAGAUUGAGAUUAUGCAAGGCGCGGCACCCGAGUCUGUGCGGGACAACAAAACACUCUCGGCAAGUCAAGAGGCAUCCGCUGCUGCUGCUGCUGCUGCCGCUGCCAGAAGCAAAGCGGAACCGGAGCAAGAGUUGAAAGAGGCAGCACAGCUCAAAGCUCAAGAAGCGGCGCUCGAAGCUGCCAAGGCACACGGUGCAGAUACGACCAAGCUCGCCGCUGUGCUGGAAAACAUCCGCAGGCAGGCCAAUGCCCGAAAGGAGGCAGCUAAGAACUCUGAGCUAGACAAGCACAAGGAUCGCAAAGCUCGCGACCCGGAUGCGACCGACUACCACGCGAUCGUGCCGAUCAACGACUUCCCGCAGCGAGCGCGAUGGAGAGUCACCAAUAAGGAGACGAUGAGACACUUGAUCGAAUCUACGGGAGCAUCGAUCACCAACAAGGGCGUCUUCUACAAGGAGGGCACAGAGCCGCAACCAGGCGAGCCGCCAAAGCUGCAGCUGCUGAUCGAGUCAAACACCAAGUCGAUGGUGGAGGAUGCGGUGCGCGAGAUUCAGCGUCUGCUGGUGGAAGCGACGCAGGCCGUGCUCGAGGCCGAAGCAAGGAACCCUGGCACAACGGGCCGAUACACUGUGGUGUGA